CACGUGUGUGACACGAGGGCAUCGUGGUAACAUGAGCUCUUCCACGUGUAAAAAUCAGACAAGGCUGCGUAUAAAGACUCUCUUUGGCCUAGUCUACCACUAACAAUCGUACUAACGCAUGUCAGAUGCAUUGAACGUACGUGGAAUCGACCAUUUGCUCUAUGCAGCCGCGUCUAGUAUCGUUAUGCGACCGAAUCAUAAUUUCUUUUACUCUUAAAUAACAAUGCCCACAUUCAGAUCUCACUUAGUUUGGUAAAAUAUACUUUACCGCUGUCGACAAACACCUACCUUUAUUCCUCAGGCUCUCACAACGCACAACCCCAUGAAGUUUUCGAGCAUAUCGGUGGCUGCACUCCUCGGAGUUGUUGGCGCAGCUCCUCUUGACGCCCGAAACGGAUUCGAGAGCGACGCUCUUGCGGCCAAGGGUGCUGUCAACCUCGGAUACCACGUUGCCAAAAAUGGGUAUCCAAACCCGCAGAAAUGUACCUUGGAGACGGCAGCUGUUCGGAGAGAAUGGUCGACGCUAGCGUCAUGGGAGAAGAAAGAUUACAUCAACGCAGUCAAGUGUCUGGCGAAGAAGCCAGCAAAGACACCAGCUGGUAUUGCCGCUGGAGCAAAGAAUCGCUACGAUGACUUCGUCGCUACUCACAUCAACCAAACCUUGGCGAUACAUGGGACGGGGAACUUUCUGACAUGGCAUCGAUACUUUACCUGGACCUAUGAGCAAGUUCUUCGUAAUGAGUGCGGUUACAAGGGCUACCAGCCCUACUACAACUGGCCUUGGUGGGCCAACGACCCUCUUAAAUCACCCACCUUUGAUGGGAGUACUCUCAGCCUGUCGGGCGAUGGAGCAUUUGUCGCUGGACGCAACAACACAUGCAUCCCCAGUCCAGCAGCAUGUGGCAUCAGUCUUCCACCAAGCCAUGGAGGAGGCUGUGUAAAGUCUGGACCGUUCAAGGACUGGUCAGUCAAUCUUGGACCUGUCGCCCCCGUCCUAGCAGACGCCAAACCAAACCCCGAAUUCACGGGCCUAGGCUACAACCCGCGCUGCCUUCGACGCGACAUCUCCAAGAUCGUAUCACAGGGCUGGACUAAAGACUCGGACGUGGCAUCGCUCAUCAAGAACGGCAAAGACUUCCUCAACUUCACGACCACCAUGCAAGGCGAUUUCGCAAACGGCUUUCUGGGCGUGCACACUGGCGGCCAUUUUACCAUUGGCGGUGACCCGGGCGGUGAUUUGUUUGCGUCGCCAGGCGACCCGGCGUUCUUUUUGCACCACGCAAUGAUUGAUCGGACGUACUGGACGUGGCAGAAUCUGGAUCUGGAUAAGAGGUUGUAUGCGCUUGGAGGGACGAUCACGGUGAACAAUUCGCCUCCGAGUCGGAAUGCGACGUUGGACGAUGUCAUCACGUUGGGAUAUGUCGGUGUGCCAGAUGUUACGAUCAAGGAAGCGAGUAGUACCUUUGGUGGGCCGUUCUGCUACAUCUACGUGUAAAUAGUGGAGAAGAAUGUAACGGCCGUUGACCUUGUACUAUCAUCAUG